AAAAGCCCUUACUUCUUUUCUUUCCUUGUUUGUUCCUCCGUCGUCCCCUUCCCCAACUCAGUUGAAGUGCUCAGUCACUAAUGUCAAGUUUGUUUUGUUUCAUAUUAGAAUAUCAUUUGUCAUCAUCUAUUGUAAUAUAAGGAGUCUCAUUGCUUCAUUGAAACUGGAAUUGUCAUAUAUGUAACAACAACAUACUCCAUAUGUAGGAAGAAGGGAAAAAAAAAAAAAAAAAAACCUUUCUUAAAAACCCAGUGUCCAAAAAUGGGUCUGGGAAAUCUGAAGCAAUUGACGCCUUUUAUCAAAGAGGCAUUUCAACAAACACUUCUUGUGUCCAAAUUCCUCUGUGGUCUUCAUGUCACCAACAACUACAUCUGCACCUUCGCUCUCACUCAAGGUCCAAGCAUGCUUCCAACGUUUAAUCUGACUGGUGAUCUUGUUUUAGCUGAAAGGCUUUCGACCCGGUUUGAGAAAACGCAACGGGGCGAUGUGGUGCUAGUUCGGAGCCCCGAAAACCCAAGAAAGAUUGUGAUCAAGAGACUCAUUGGUAUGGGUGGUGAUACUGUUAGAUAUGUUGUGGAUCAUGGAAGUAAUGACAAAGAACUUACUGUUGUGGUACCAGAUGGACAUGUUUGGAUUGAAGGGGAUAACAAGUUUAAUACCAAUGAUUCAAGGAAAUUUGGACCAGUUCCUUAUGGACUUGUACAGGGCAGAGUCUUUUGGACUGUAUGGCCUCCUGAAGCUUUUGGAUCAGUAGGAAGAGAAGUACGAUAAUUCAACCUGUCAAGAUUUGGUGUAUUCUCUUACAGCAUGGAUAUCAAACAAUUUGGUGAAGAUGACAAUUUGUGGGCUGUGUUACUGCUAAGUUCAAGGUGGAAGGACAGGAUGCCAGAACUGCUAAUAUUUGGUUAAUACAUUUCUCAUGCUCCUAAGGUUGCAUCAUUCAUUCUUGAAGUGGCGCUGCCAAUGCAUAAGCAAAGGUUCAAGCCCAAUAUAACCACAUAUGAAAGAAUACUGCCCAGAUUGUCUUUCAUUUUUUUUACUUUGCCCAAAAAUUGUUUCAACUUUUUUAACAUGAAAGCUUCUUUUCUAAUGCUGGAUGAUACUUUUAUCAUUGUUCUACUGAUAAAAGAAUUGUUUGGAAGUUAUGCACCUAAGGGUUGUGGUCUAGCGGUCAAAAUCCUAGCAGAGACAAAACGAGCGAGGUGAUCUUUUCUCAUCUAACUUGAGCCUUUGCAGCCAAAGUUACCAGAAACAUGUGAUACAAAUUACAUGUACCAGGUGGAAUACAAAUUAAGAUGCGCGCAAGCUUGCCCAAACACUGCCAUUAUUAAAGAAGUGUCAUAUGGGAUUACUUCUAUUCUAAAUUUCGUUCAGUAACUUCCCAGACAGUCUGCUUUAUUUCCAAUUGAACUUACUUUUAUUCAUAGAAUUCUAGCUUUUAAGUUUAAUACAGUGUUCAAGUAGAACAACUUUGUAGAAGUAUUCAAGAGCAAUUGUAUUAUUAACCGGUACCUAUAUUCCAAUUUGUUGCAACUAAUUUCGAA